CACUCUGUGCAGGAGCACAUCAGGCAAUGCACUGCUGUACAGCACCACAUGUCAAAGUGUCAGAUUUACUUAACGGCAAAUUCCUUUCUGUGGAGUGGGACUGAAUAUAUGAAAAGGAUCUCUUUGCUUCAAUGUGUGUGACAGAGGAGUCUGGUGUUUUCCAUUGUCAAACACGUACCAGAUGACCAUCCUUGUGUCAACCCUGAUUCAGAGCAAAGCUAAGUUGCAGGUAAAGUGUCUGUGUGUGCUUAUGUUCCUGAGCUUCCCUCUGACUAUGGCUGAGGUCCCUGGUCCAUGCAGACACUCCGUCACUAGGGAGCACCUGCUGACAGUCAGGCAUCUGAUGGAUAACCAGUUGAGAAGUGGGUGCUCGAUUACCUACACAUUCAUAGAACGGAGAAGCUUGAGCAAAUGUUGCUUUGUAAAAGCUGCUUUACCCUGGAUCCUGGAGCUCCUCACCACCCACUUCAAAUAUAGUCGAGGUUCAGUCAAUGAUGGCUACGUUCAGUCCCUGAGAGCACUCAUCCUUAACAUCUACUCUCAGAAAUGUGUGCCUCAGAUUAAUGAGGAGGUUGAGGAUAAGCCAGAGAGUUUUGAAAUGCUGUACAGAGGGUCUCCCUCAGAGGCACUGCAGAGGGCUUCAGAGGUUCUGUCGGUUUACUGGGAACUGGUGACGAUGAGCGACGCGCCAGUUGACUGGAGAUGCCAGCACGAAUACACAGAAAGCUUUGGCUCUACCACAGAGCUACCCACAGAGCUACACACAGAGCUACCCACAGAAUCACCCACACAACAUUUUACAGACAGUUAUGGUAGGAACUCAGCGAAGGCAUCGCACAGAAGACCAGUCAGAGACCUGUACAAGUUUGGCUUCAUCAUCGCCUCCGUGUGUGGCGGGCUGCUGCUUGUACUUACACUCUACUGUCUCAUCACACAAAAGAAAACUCACAACUCACACAGAUCAAGGUCAUUUACAAACACAAGCAGAGAUCUGCAGGACAUAGAGAUGGAGCCGCAAUAAUGCAGUAAAGAAUGCGUCGCUGCAGCGGGAGACGGGGCACUUGUGAAGCUGUACAUUUUAUCUACCAUGAACAUGUUUUCAUAUCAGUAUCGUGUGUGUAAUGUAUCAUAGUCACUUAUUUAAUCUGAAGCUUCACUUUGACUGAGAGCAAAGAUGGACCUUAUUUGGAAUAAUAUGCUAUGUAUAUUAUGUUUAUGCAUUAUCUAUUGCAAAUAUCUUUCAAGUUCACUAAAAAAGUUUAUUUUUACACUAGUUAUAUAUGUUGAAUAAUGUGUCUCCACUUAACCAACUGUUUGUAAUGUUGUUUGCCAAACACAAGUUAUUUAUUAGUUUGACUCCUAUUCAAUCUCUGUAUUGAUAAUAAAAAUUCCAUCAAUGCCAAAUCCAAAAUAUAGCUGUCCAGCUAACAGUCCAUUUAUAUAGGGACCUAAUGGAAUCACAGCUAAAGGGCAGGUAAUGACUGCAUUAAACAACUGUAUGAGGAAUCUUUUUUUUUCCUUGCCAAAAUGGUCUUUCCCACUUCUUUAGUUCUUUAAUUAUCUUACAAUGCUGAUCAAUAUAGUCUUCAAGCCAAUCUCAAAAACGUUAUGGCCAAAGAUUUGUAUGUUCAGUUUUAUUGUAAAAAAGUUUCAACAUGUUCUCUGGAGAAUAUUCUGUUAUUGAUCACACACUGAGCUGCUGUUACUGGCAGUGAUAAAUGAUCCUGAUCACCAGUAGCUGCUACAGUUUCUCAAGAAAUGCGUAGGGUGUGACAGGAUUCGGUGUGAAUAAUGUGCUAUGGUUUCCCUUCAUUUAUUCUAGAUUUAAUCACUGAUGUGUGGUGCAGGCAAGUAACAAGACACCCAGAGAAAGGGCAGUGUAUUCCCUUAUGUUGUCAUGACUUCCACUUAUGUUUACCCAGUGAUCCUCCAGCCUAAUGUUUUUUAAUAAUAAAUUGCAUAAUGUCUGAGUUCCAAGUUUGAGAAUAAUUUCCCCAUAAAGUGAAACAUUUGUGUGUGCAUCUUUAAGAAGAACACAUCAGUAAAUCCUGUCAAAAGAUUCCCAGAUUUGAUCGUGUGCAUGUGUGUUGGCCUCUAUUUUGUUUUUGAAGAGUCUGUGUAGGAAGCAGAGGAAGAAAAAUAAACACAGCCCUACCCCAAAACCUCUUAAGAACCAUGUGCAGCCUGAAAUAUAACAUUAUCUAUAACACUUAAUUUCACAGGCUACUGCUUAUCAUUGUGCAAACCGUUGUUACACUGGCAGUAAUCCAUUCUUCAUC